AUGGCUUUAAAAAUAACAAAACCAAGACAUGCGUCUGACUUACCUGGUAGGAAGAAGAGGAGUAUUGACUCUCAGUUUUACGAUCCCAGACCACUGAAAUCACAGAAGCUUGAUGCUGAUGGAAUUGUAAAGCUGAGGCAAGAUCUUUAGAAAGCUUUAGAAAAUAAAUGCUCGUAUACCCUUUGUUGCUAUGUUACCAGAGGAAAAGACAAUUCGAACAGUAAUGACUAUAGUUGGCACUGUUGCUAAAGGAUCAACAAUUCAUAAGCAACUUCAAGAUUAUUCCCAACAGCCUCCUAAUUUGGUAGUACCCUUUUUUAGUAGUUCCUCCCUUGAUGGUAAAGAAAAUGUGAAUCCUGUCUCAAAUGGGCAAGCACUGAAUUCAAAUUCAAGUUUGAAUCAUGAAAUCUCUCCUCCACCUUCCACUGUGCAAUGUGAAUCAGAAAUGGCACCCCUUAGCACUCUUUCUAAUGCUUAUGAUGAGCUACAGCUUCAGUAG